CAGGUGCAUAGAUAGAUGGAGUCAGCUCCGAGCGGCUUCCAUCUCCGCGACCAUGUCCUGGGUGUGUUCGUGCUAGCUCUGCUGAGCUUGGCACACCGCUCCACGGGAGCAAGGAGGCUCAUGGAGCUGUACGAGCCCGAUCUCAGCGAGCGCCUCACGUACCACAACGGCACCGUGCUGAGCGGCGACAUCCCCGCGUCCAUCCUCUGGUACGGGAACUUCACGGCGGCGCAGAAGGACAUCGUCUCCGACUUCCUCGCCUCCCUGGCGGCCGCACCGGGAGCAUACCCCUCCCCUUCCGUGCCGCAGUGGUGGAGCAGCAUCCUCCGUCUGUACCUCUCCAAGGUGGAGGCCGUCGGCAAGAAGGAAGCCGAGAAGACACGGGUAUUCCUCUCCGGCAACUUCUCCGACGAGGGGUGCUCGCUGGGUCGGAGCCUGACGCUGUCCCAGCUCCCGGCACUGGCGGCAGCGGCGAAGCCCGUGAAAGGUGGCGUCGCGCUGGUGCUCACGGCGCAGGACGUGGCCGUGGAGGGGUUCUGCAUGAGCCGGUGCGGCAUGCACGGGUCGGACGCCAAGGCCGGCACCGCCUACGUGUGGGUCGGCAACUCGGCGGCGCAGUGCCCCGCCCAGUGCGCGUGGCCGUUCAAGCAGGAGGAGCCGCCGGUGGUGCCGCCGAACGGCGACCUGGGCAUGGACGGCCUCGUGAUCAACGUGGCCAGCAUGCUCGCGGGCGCGGUGACCAACCCGUUCGGCGACGGGUUUUACCAGGGAGAACGCCAGGCGCCGCUGGAGGCCGCGACGGCGUGCCAGGGGGUAUACGGUACCGGCGCGUACCCCGGGAACGCCGGUAAGCUGCUGAUUGAUAAGGUGACCGGAGCGAGCUACAACGCCCACGGGGCGCGCGGGAGGAAGCACCUGCUGCCUGCGCUGUUCGACCCCUUGUCGUCCGGGUGUGCCACCCUUAUUUGA